AUGAGAGUGGGUAAGCCCGAUGAACCCUGUGCCACCCGGACUCCUCUGGGUUGGUGCCUCCAUGGAAGAGUACCUAAUGCUUACCUACCUAAUUCUGCUGCACGUCACACUUCAUUGUUUGUCUCCAGUGACGUCAUAGAAUCUGAAUGUACUUUGCGAGAGAUCCACGAGGAGGUGCGAAGGUCGUUCUCAAUCGAGUCCAUGGGCGUAUCUGGCAAACCAAGACAGAACUCGGAAGAUUUACGCGCUGUUGAAAUUUUAGAACGAACCUCCACUCUCAUCAAUGGUCAAUGGCAUGUUGGCUUACCUUGGCGGGAUGAGACUUGUACGAUGCCGGACUCGUACCUAACAGCUCUCCGUAGACUAAAAGGAGUCGAACAAAAAUUAAAAAAUAACAAAGAAUAUGCAAAAAGAUACGAAGAACGAAUACGACAUUUAUUUGAAAAUGAUUUCGCAAAAAAACUGAUCAGCUCAAAUGUUACACCGCUGAAAACUUGGUAUUUACCUCAUUUUGGUGUCGAUAACCCGAACAAAAAGAAACUGCGCUUAGUGUUUGACGCCGCGGCCAAAACAAAUGGUUUGUCCCUGAAUGAUUACUUAUUGAAAGGGCCCGACCUACUAAUGUCAUUAUUCGGCAUCAUGUUGCGAUUUAGAGAAAAUCGAAUAGCCGUUUCUGGAGAUAUUAAAGAUAUGUUUCUCAAAGUGAAAAUUCGACCAGAAGACCAGGAUGCCUUCCGUUUUUUAUAUAGAGAAGAACCGGAGGGAAAUAUAAACACUUACGUUAUGACGUCAUUAAUUUUUGGUGCUAAUUGUUCGCCAUUUAUAGCUCAAUUUGUAAAAAAUAAAAACGCUCAGCGGUAUGAGUCAUCAAUGCCCGCUGCUGCUUCCGCCAUAUAUAGCAGUCACUAUAUGGACUAUAUCCACUAUAUGGAUGAUUACAUAACCGAAGCGGUAUUCCAGAAAUGGUUGAAAUGGAUUUAUCUUCUGGAAUCAUUAAAAGACGUGAGUUUGCCGAGGUACUAUCCGGCUGCUACCAUACGAGUGAAUGAGACGAAUAAUGAAACCCUUCCGCUGUCAUCCUCACACAGCACGAUUUCAAGGACUACGGCAACGAAUAAUGCUACGAGCGUAGCACACGCCGAAUCCGCUACGAAUAUUGCAUCGCACAGCUACAAUAAUAAUUGUGGAGACGAUUACACUGGAGUUUUAACUCGAACUGGAUAUAGAAACUUACAGAUGCAUAUCUUUUGCGAUGCGUCUAACAAAGCAUACUGCGCCGUCGCGUACUGGAGAUGGAUUGACGAUGAGUUUAACAUACGCGUAGCAUUCAUUGCGAGCAAAUCUCGAGUUGCAGGAAACAAACCUAUUACCAUCCCACGUUUGGAACUUCAAGCCGCCGUCUUAGCGGCAAGACUAGCGGACUCAGUCACUAGAGAACAUAUUAUAAAGCCUGAGCAACGAAUAUUUUGGAGCGACUCGACGACAGUGCUGCAAUGGAUAAGAAAUGACGCUCGCGACUAUAAAGUUUAUGUGGCAAAUCGUUUGGGUGAAAUUGAUGAGUUAACAAAAAUAAAAGAAUGGCGUUAUGUUCCCACUAAAUUAAACGUCGCUGAUAUUGCAACGAGAGAAAACUAUAAAUUCCCGGCCCUCCAAGAUGAAUGGUUGUAUGGACCUACCUUCUUACGCCACGAAGCAAACGAAUGGCCUCACGACUUCAUAAGCGACAGAAAAGAAACACUGCCAGAAUGUGUUAAUUUGAUAAAAGUAGAAGUACAGGAAAUUAACUUACCUGUACCUGAUGCUACAAGAUUUAGUUCUUGGCUUCGCUUGCUUCGAUCCACUUCAUUAGUACUCAAGUUUAUAAACAAAUGCAAAAAACUUACCUUUGAGUUCGACGAUACUAUGGAGAAAGCUGAAAUAUUGUUACUGAAAAAAUCACAAGCUGAAUCGUUUAAAAAAGAGUUAACUGAAAUAAAAAACAGUGGAUGUGUAUCAAAAACAAGUAAUAUACUUACCUUGUCCCCUUACUUAGACGAGUAUGGAGUUAUACGAGUCGGUGGCCGCAUCGGUGCUGCUACUGGCAUUCUACCUGAAUCAAAAAACCCUAUUAUACUAGACGGAAGAAGCUACAUUGCUAGAUUGAUCGUGAAAUAUUAUCAUUAUUACUACGCACACGGAAAUCAAGAAACAAUAGUAAAUGAAGUCAAACAAAGAUACUGGAUCACAAGACUGAGACCUACCGUUAAACAUAUAACAUCUAAAUGCUCAUUUUGUAGAAUAAGAAAAUCUAAACCAGAAGUACAAAGAAUGGGUGACUUACCUGGCGCGCGAAUGGCCCAUCAGCAACGACCUUUUACUUAUUGCGGCGUGGAUUUAUUUGGUCCCAUGGAAGUCACGGUGGGAAGACGCCGGGAAAAAAGAUACGGCGUCCUGUUUACGUGCUUGACGGUACGAGCUAUUCAUCUGGAACUAGUCAAUAAUCUUACCGCGGACUCAUUUAUUAUGGCAUUACGAAGGAUGGCCGCAAGACGUGGAUGGCCACAGUAUAUGUACUCCGAUAAUGGAACAAACUUGCGAGGAGCGAAUACGGAACUGAAGAAGUCUAUAAAAGAUCUAGACGAAGAUGUGUUGAAAGAUAAGGCUUCCAAUCACGGAAUCAAAUGGACCUUCAUACCGCCCGCGAGUCCCCACUGGGGUGGGGCAUGGGAGAGGCUCAUCAGAAGCGUGAAGACCAGUCUGAAAGUCAUUUUAAACGAACGCGCUCCCAGAGAGGAAACUCUGAACACUCUCUUGACGGAGGUGGAAAACAUGGUGAAUAGCCGGCCCUUGACUCACGUCUCUGUGAACCCGAAUGACCCUGAAACGUUAACCCCUAAUCAUUUCUUGCUGGGAUCGUCAUCUAGCUUACCUCACAUAGGAAAAUUUGACAAUACAGAUACGUACAUGAGAAAACUAUGGCGAAGUUCACAAAGAUUAGCCGACAUGUACUGGCGCAGAUGGGUCAAGGAGGUACUUCCAGACUUGAUACCUCGUAGAAAAUGGCAAGAGGAACGUAAAAACCUACAGGUGGGCGAUCUCGUGCUUAUAGUGGAUCCAGACGGUCCCCGAAACUCUUGGCCUAAAGGAAUAAUUCUAGAAGUGAUACCCGGAAGAGACAAUAGAGUCAGAAUGGUUCGAGUAAAAACUAAAUCGGGCAUUUUGACUAGAUCGGUCACGCGCAUCGCUCGAUUAUCAGUUGAGAGUGAGUGCUGCUGA